CCCUCGCCCUGAUCCCUGCUGCCUCCGUCCCGAAUUAUUGUCUCUGAAGUCACGAACUCUUUCCACAUCAGGACGCCUCUUACACUGUCCAUCCUUGUUUGUCCUUCCUCGUCGUCUGCGCUCCUGCCCCAAAACUUUCCCAUGACCUCCGCCUGUAUCCCUUUUUCCAUUUUGCCCCUUCCCUCCGACGUCUCCGCGCAUCCCCGGCACUGGGUUCUCGUUCCCGGAGCUAAGGAUUGCGGCCCUCUCUUCCUCUGCUGCUUCUGAUUCCAUUACCUCACCGCCCCCCACCCAGCUCCUGGCUUCCAAGAAUUGCCUGUGCCCCUCUCCUUAGGAUCUCGCCGUCAUUCCCAGGGUAUCACGUGCGUUCUACUUUGACCUUAAUCCUUCCCCUUCUCUGGAGUGCUUUACGAUCCCGCCUGGAAGCCCGAAGUCUGGCUGUGGCCAUGGGAGACACGGUCGUGGAGCCUGCCCCCCUGGAGCCAACUUCUGAGCCCACUUCCGGGCCACCGGGGAAUAAUGGCGCCUCGCUAAGCGUCAUCACGGAGGGGGUCGGGGAACUACCAGUGAUUGACCCUGAGGUGGCCCAGAAGGCCUGCCAGGAGGUGCUGGAGAAGGUCAGGCUUUCGCACGGGUGCGUGACCGUCUGUAGCAAAGGCACCCCACUGGAGCUGGUCAAUGGGGAGGGGGUGGACAGUGAGAUCCGUUGCCUGGACGAUCCACCUGCCCAGAUAAGGGAGGAGGAAGAUGAGGUGGGGGCCACCGUGGCCUCGGGCACAGCCAAGGGAGCAAGAAGGCGGCGGCAGAACAACUCGGCCAAACAGUCUUGGCUGCUGAGGCUGUUCGAGUCCAAACUGUUUGACAUCUCCAUGGCCAUCUCGUACCUCUACAACUCCAAGGAGCCCGGAGUGCAAGCCUACAUCGGCAACCGGCUCUUCUGCUUUCGCGACGAGGACGUGGACUUCUACCUGCCCCAGCUGCUUAACAUGUACAUCCACAUGGACGAGGACGUGGGCGAUGCCAUCAAGCCCUACAUCGUCCACCGCUGCCGCCAGAGCAUUGACUUCUCCCUCCAGUGUGCCCUGCUGCUCGGGGCCUACUCCUCAGACAUGCACAUUUCCACUCAGCGACACUCCCGUGGGACCAAGCUGCGGAAGCUGAUCCUGUCCGACGAGCUGAAGCCAGCUCACCGAAAGCGGGAGCUGCCCUGCUCGAGCCCAGCCCCUGACACAGGGCUGUCCCCCUCCAAGAGGACUCACCAGCGCUCUAAGUCGGACGCCACCGCCAGCAUAAGUCUCAGCAGCAACCUGAAACGAACAGCCAGCAACCCCAAAGUGGAGAAUGAGGACGAGGAGUUCUCCUCCAGCACCGAGAGUAUUGAUAAUUCAUUCAGUUCCCCUGUCAGACUGGCUCCUGAGCGGGAAUUCAUCAAGUCCCUGAUGGCGAUCGGCAAGCGGCUGGCCACGCUCCCCACCAAGGAGCAGAAGACGCAGCGGCUGAUCUCAGAGCUCUCCCUGCUCAACCACAAGCUCCCUGCCCGGGUCUGGCUGCCCACUGCCGGCUUUGACCACCACGUGGUCCGUGUGCCUCACACCCAGGCCGUUGUCCUCAACUCCAAGGACAAGGCUCCCUACCUGAUCUACGUGGAAGUCCUCGAAUGUGAAAACUUCGACACCACCAGCGUCCCUGCCCGGAUCCCCGAGAACCGCAUCCGGAGCACCCGGUCCGUGGAGAACCUGCCCGAGUGCGGUAUCACCCACGAGCAGCGGGCGGGCAGCUUCAGCACUGUGCCCAACUAUGACAACGAUGACGAGGCCUGGUCCGUGGACGACAUAGGCGAGCUGCAGGUGGAGCUCCCCGAAGUGCACACCAACAGCUGUGACAACAUCUCCCAGUUCUCCGUGGACAGCAUCACCAGCCAGGAGAGCAAGGAGCCUGUGUUCAUCGCAGCGGGGGACAUCCGACGGCGCCUCUCGGAGCAGCUGGCUCACACCCCCACGGCCUUCAGGCGGGACCCGGAAGACCCCUCUGCAGUCGCUCUCAAAGAGCCCUGGCAGGAGAAAGUGCGGCGGAUCAGAGAGGGCUCCCCCUAUGGCCAUCUCCCCAAUUGGCGGCUCCUGUCAGUCAUUGUCAAGUGCGGGGAUGAUCUCCGGCAGGAGCUGCUGGCUUUCCAGGUGUUGAAGCAGCUGCAGUCCAUUUGGGAUCAGGAGCGCGUGCCCCUGUGGAUCAAGCCGUACAAGAUCCUUGUGAUUUCGGCUGACAGCGGCAUGAUCGAACCAGUGGUCAACGCUGUGUCCAUCCACCAGGUGAAGAAACAGUCGCAGCUGUCCUUGCUCGAUUACUUCCUGCAGGAGCAUGGCAGCUACACCACUGAGGCCUUCCUCAGCGCCCAGCGCAGUUUCGUGCAGAGCUGCGCUGGCUACUGCUUGGUCUGCUACCUGCUGCAAGUCAAGGACAGACACAAUGGGAACAUCCUUUUGGACGCAGAAGGCCACAUCAUCCACAUUGACUUCGGCUUCAUCCUGUCGAGCUCACCUCGAAACCUGGGCUUUGAGACGUCAGCCUUUAAGCUGACCACCGAGUUUGUGGACGUCAUGGGCGGCCUGGAUGGCGACAUGUUCAACUACUACAAGAUGCUGAUGCUGCAGGGGCUGAUCGCUGCACGGAAGCACAUGGACAGGGUGGUGCAGAUCGUGGAGAUCAUGCAGCAAGGUUCUCAGCUCCCGUGCUUCCACGGCUCCAGCACCAUCCGCAACCUCAAGGAGAGGUUCCACAUGAGCAUGACCGAGGAGCAGCUGCAGCUGCUGGUGGAGCAGAUGGUGGACGGCAGCAUGCGCUCCAUCACCACCAAGCUCUACGACGGCUUCCAGUACCUCACCAACGGCAUCAUGUGACGCGCUCCUUCUCGGGCCCCUGGUCGGAGAGACCCCCACCCGCCCGUCCACCCGAGGGAAACGGAAGGCAAGAAGUGCCCAGGAUCGUGUGGUGACUGUAGAGCUUGCGGGGUGGGAGAGUCAGGCGCGGGGCACUCGCUGGGGUGCCACAUCCCCACCCGACAGACCCCAGGACUCGCUGCCCUCCAGAGCAGGAUAAAUGCGAGGCCACUGGGCCUUCCUCCGUUGCAAGGUCUGAGAGGUCCCUCCCAUCGCCUGUUCUGAGUCCCGGGCCGGGUAAGGGGGGUGUGGGUUCUCGGUACUUAGGACUUGACCCUGUGGUUCGCCUGUGGCCAUGCUGCUGCCCGACGCCCCCUCCCGGGGACUGACUCCUGGCCUGAGGCCCCUCGGUGGGUGGGCUCUGGCAUGGCUCCUGCACUUGCCGAGCUGCCCUGGCACAGUGGCCAGGAAGGGAGGUGUCACAGCCCUCCAUAUGUGAGGGGACCGGCUGAGCCACGGGGAAUUCCUAGCCCUGAUCCCGUCCCCCACACCCAGGGAAAUAGCUCUCAAUUUUUUUAUUUUUAAUUUUUGUUUGGAAUAAAGUCCUUAGUUAGCCA